AUGAAUCCAUCUCAGGGCCCGACUGCUGGCAUUGUGCAAGUGAAUGCGAAAGCCCUUGUCAAGGUUAAUGUUCAAGUGUGCCUUAGAAGUUCGACCUGGCAAAAUAUGGCCCAAGUUACUGGCCCAGAGGAAGGCAGCCUAAAAUUAAGCUUAAAGCUCCCCUAUGGCGUCUGCGGUGUCAAGGACGUAGUUGGCGCGUAA